GCACGCGUAUGCAUACCGCGCGGCGGCAAAGAGGUCGCGCGCGUCAGUCAGCCGCCAGCGGCAGUUGCUGUAGUUGUGUAUCGCGUCGUACUGCGAGGUGUCUGGGAUCGUGUGAGAAAGCGUGCCGCGCGGCGAACGUGAGUGAGGCUACAACGGCGAGACGACGGUGACGGCAUGGAAUCACACACACCGAAACGGGGAUCACAUCCCCCGACGGAGGUAGACCAUAGCCCACCACCGAUGGCCGACUCGACCCUCUACCCGUGGACCUGGAGCGAGGAAGCGCGUAACGUGAAUCUGAGCCCCGGCAGCUCGUGCUCCUCACCGGAGUACAGGGAGCAUGGUAUAGCAGCUAACAGAGGCACGGACGCCAAGCACUCGCACACCACCGCUGUGGAAAGUCAUCGGCGUGGUCGGCCGCGCGCUGACGCUCUCACGAAUCUCAUGAUGCAGGGCAGCACGUCGCCAAGCAGCAUCAAGUGCACCUUCUGCAACCGUGUAUUCCCGCGCGAGAAGAGCCUGCAGGCGCAUCUCCGCACUCAUACAGGAGAACGUCCAUACCCAUGCGACUAUCCUGGCUGUACAAAGGCCUUCACGCAAUCAGGACAGCUGAAGACUCACCAACGACUGCAUACAGGGGAAAAACCAUUCUUAUGCACCGAACAAGGUUGUGAAAUGAGAUUCACUCAUGCUAAUAGACACUGCCCUGAACAUCCCUAUGCCACGCUCACAAGAUCAGACGACUUCGUGCUAAAGCCAGUGUCUGAGAACACAGAAUUGCCACAUGAUGUGACUCGAUGGUUAGAGCGUUAUAAGAUGUCCAGGGAACGCGAGGACAGAACACCGACCGGGAAGAACGAACGGAAGAAGACAUGGAAGAGCACCGUCGAGAACCACAGGAGGGUAAAGUCCAGGAAAGGCUUGAUGAUGGACACAGCGGGCGAACAAGAGAACCUCGAUCGCAAGUCAAAUCAGCGGCUGUACUGUGAGGAGAGUCAAGACAGUCAGGAAGAGAGCCAAGACGAGGACACGACGGAGCCGUGCGCGAUACUUCAGAUGUCCGAGGACGAGGAAGUGCCAACCGUCAAGUCGGUAAUCGCGCCAUUGAACAUAUCCUUGGACAGACUACAACCAAAGAAGCGAUGGCUACGAGAGGCUUGCCUGGAACAACAGCUGGCGAAGCCUUUGAACUGGGACGUCAAGUCCGACGUAAUGUCCAUAUAUAAGAUUGACGAGAAGCAUUCGUUCAACGUGUGUGCAGAGCCAUGCGGGUUGCAAUGGAACGUCACAUUAAAUGCGCACAACAAACUGACGGAGCCAAUAAGCACACCAUCGGAUACUUCCUAUGACUCUCCUUACGCCUAUUACUGCGAUUACAUGAAUCUGAACAAGGAAUCUCUAAAAACGAUCAAACAAGAGAACACGUACGUCGCGCAUGCUCUAAGCCAAUCAGCGUGGCCGGACUCGCUGGAUGGUUCGAAUAGUUUGUUACAAAAUUUACAGAAGUUUGAAGAUAACAUUGUUGCUGCAGACACACUAUCUAAAUUAGAUCAACCUUAUUUGGACAUACAGCAGUACACCCACAAAGAUCUGGUCAAGCCUCAUAUCAACGAGAACGAGACGAGACCCACAGUGCUGAUGUUAGCCGGGAGUUCGAGUAACGUCAACAGCAAGGAGACUACUGCAAAACUGCCUACGAUGGACGCUCAGAGAGCGGAAACGAAAAUUGUGAAACAGGAGGACAAUACAAUUGAGUUACCGAUACAAGACAAUAAGACAUGGCUAGGUGCUUUAGCACUGAUGGAAUUGGCGAAGAUGCAAGAGGAGUCAACCGAACCCCGGAGUCUCAAGUAUGACGACUCCUGAAUGACAUUUAUAGCCAUUUAUAAACUGUGAUUACCGUAAUUGCGGUUACUGUAACUUUGUUAUUUUUAUACGCAGGAAGAUAAAUAAAAGUUCCCACACCCUCACACACCCCAUAUAGAGACAUGGUAGACUCUUGUCGCUGGACGAUCGUACAAACGCAGUUUUUUUACUGUGAAACACAUUUGUUUUCUUUUGUUGAUUAUUGUUGCUCUUAAUUACGGUCAUUGUUCUUAGCAUGAAUAGUUUAUUUUAAUUUCAAUAUUUUUUAUCUGAAUUUUUCGUUUCGUACGCUUACGUAUCGUAUAUACUUAUGGGAUCAAAAUAAUUAUUUAGCAAAAAUAAUUAUUCUUGAUUUUUUCCUACACACAACGUUUAAAAGUUUCGCGAAACAAAUGUGUCUCAUAGAAAAAUCUUAUUACUUUUAUCUUGCAUAAUAAUCGCUUUUCACAUGUCAAAUGUUCAUCGAUUUGAGAGAGUAUUGUAAUAAAGUUUUGUUUUUUAGCUGAUAACACAGAAGCAAGAUGUUCUGUUUGUAAUGCAAAUGAAAGGCAUGUUACAAAUGUAUUUUUCUCUUUACAACGCUGCAGUUUAUUGUUAUGAAUUAUUAUAGGGAUUUGUGUGAUACUUAUGUUAA